AUGUUUAAAAAGCGCUCCUCCUCUUCUCUCCCUGGAAUGACAAGCGCUGCGUCCUACCUCGCCGCCGUCUCCCAGGCGGACGCGCGCGCCAGAGCACACACCAGUACAACGCCCACAGUCACGCCGGCGCUGUCGCUGUCGUCGUCUGUCACCACGUCGUCUGAGGACACAGUGUUGGAAGAAUUCGAGGCCGAUAACGCGGACGGGUUGACCCUGCCUCCUGUCCCCCCCACCUCCGAGCAGGUCUUCACCACUAUACACUCGGAGUUCGGCCAUUGUGCGAACGAGAGCUUUCGGUACACCUCGGCGCACCCCGCUGGCGUGACAAUAGGUCUACCUGAGGAACAGGAGCCGCCGUAUUAUGUCUUGCUGUCCACCUACCUCUCCUAUAUCAUCCUCAUCUGCCUAGGCCAUCUGCGCGACUUCUUCGGAAAGCGUUUUUUGCCUGGGUUCUAUCACCACCUUAUGCCUCAUGACGGUUAUGCUCCCCUAAACUCAGAUUUCGACUCGUUCUAUACCCGCAGGCUCAAGACUCGCCUUGACGACUGUUUCUCCCAUCCGGCCACGGGCGUGCCGGGACGCACCAUCAACCUUCUCGACCGUGUAUCGGACGACUAUAACCUGAAUUUCACGCUCACCGGCACCCGCACGCGCGCUUUGAACAUCUCCUCUUACAACUACCUCGGGUUCGCUCAGGCCCAUGGCGGAUGUGCAGACGCGGUUGAGGAGGGGCUGAAGCGGUACGGUGUGUCCGCAUGCGGGACACGUCUCGAAGGCGGCUCGUCCGAGCUGCACACUAUUGCGGAGGCACUGGUCGCCAAGUUCAUUGGGCAGGAGGACGCGCUCAUCAGCUCUAUGGGUUUCGCGACCAACUCGACAAUCAUCCCCGCGUUGGUCAACAAAGGCUGCCUGGUCAUUUCAGACGAACUCAACCACGCGUCAAUCCGGUUCGGUGUUCGGUUGAGCGGGGCUAAUGUUCGCAUGUUCAAGCACAACAAUAUGGACGACCUCGAGACGCUGCUGCGGGAAGUCAUCAGUCAGGGACAGCCGAAGACGCAUCGUCCAUGGAAGAAGAUUUUGGUUAUCGUCGAGGGUCUCUACAGUAUGGAAGGUACUCUGGUCAACUUGCCCCGUAUGGUCGAGCUCAAGAACAAGUAUAAGUUCUAUAUCUUUGUUGACGAGGCUCAUUCAAUUGGUGCUCUUGGCCCGCACGGCCGUGGCGUCGCUGACUACUUCAAUAUCAACCCGAGGUCGAUUGACGUCUUGAUGGGCACAUUCACCAAGUCGUUCGGCGCCGCUGGCGGUUACAUCUCCGGUAACAAGUCGCUCAUCGACCGGUUACGCCUACGUGGUCACGGCGGUGUGUACGCAGAGGCCAUGCCGCCGCCCGUGCUUGUGCAGGUCAUCUCCAGCAUGGCGAGCAUCAUGGGCGUCGCCCCUCCAAUGCCCAGACACAGCCCACACUCGUCCGCGUCUUCUCUGUCCACCGUGCGCAUGAUCGACGGGCCGGAGCACCCCGGCCCGGCCCACCCGUCCUUGCUUCCGUCCUGGAUGGACCUCCCGCCGACGCUGCGCGACGGCUCGGAGGGAAUGACGCGCCUGCGCCGGCUGGCAUUCAACUCGCGCUACCUCUCCCGCGGGCUCGCGAAGCUCGGGUUCAUCACGUACGGGCACAGCGACUCGCCGAUCAUCCCGCUCCUGCUGUUCCACCCGGGCAAGAUGGCCGUCUUCCACCGCAUGAUGCGCACGCGUGCGACGCCGAUCGUCACUGUCGUCGUCGGGUAUCCCGCGACGCCACUCGUGACGUCGCGCGUGCGCUUCUGCAUGAGUGCGGCGCACACGAAGGACGACAUCGACACGGUGCUGAUCGCGUGCGACGAGAUCGGGGACGCGCUCGACCUGAAGCAUCUCCCUGGCGAGCGGUGGCCGAUUCAGCGGAUCAUGGACAGCGCGGCGGAGCUCGUCAACAUGCAAGAGUUGGCGUAGGCGAGAGCGACGACGACGACGACGACGACGCGGGGCGUUGGGCGGUCGGGGGCGGGGCGACGGGUGACGGGUGGCGUUGAAAGACGAUGGACGUUGGUUUGGUUUUCGACGGUCCAGACUACUUACACAGUAUCAUAUUGCGCCCAUUGCUAGCUCUUUUUUUUAUUAGACUGAAGCCACUGACUUUUCUCCGUUUUUAUCCUUUCUCUUUGCUUCGCUCGGUCGCGCCUUGAUCGACGCGAACUGCGGACAGUGGUGUUGCUUCGGAUCUGCGUGGGCAUCUAAUACUUCAAGAAGUACCAUAGUUGAACGAUUCAUCUGUCGUCCCAUUGAUAAGUUACCAAGUUGAGUGUUUUGCUG